AGAAAUAUACCGACCAACUCCACGAACGGAGUUUCGCACACCUGUACCGGCCGGACCUACACGGUACAUGGGACCACCCAGCAACUACCCUCAGGAGCGCUCCCGCCCUACGUGUUACAAAUGCAAGCAACCGGGGCACCUGAUGGCGAGUUUCCCUCUCAACAAUAACUACCCCGCACGGAACUAUAAUUCUCCUUCAACAGGUAACAAUCGCCCGGCUCAAGCCUUUUGCCUGGAACAAGACAGUCCGUUGGAAGAAUACCUGGGACCCCUACAUGAAGCUAACCCUGUGUAUGCCGCCAGCGACAAUAGACAACACCACCGGCAAGAG